CUUUGAAUGCUAUUCAGGUGCAUUGUCAUAUGGAAUGUUAUUAAGGUCCUAAUGAUUAUAAAAGGUCUGUUCAGGAGAUAUAAAAGAUGGAAUCCUGUGCAUCCAACAUCUGGAGCCUUUUGGGGCAUGGGAAUAGGCAUUGGUUGUGGUAUUGGAUGGGGCCCUGGUUUUGGCCCUGAGGUAAUUGGUUAUGUUGGAGCUGGCUGUGGUGUUGGAUUUAAUGUGGGCAUCACUCUGGCUGGUUUUGGCAUUGGUCUGCCUGCAAAUUUCCCCUUCAAAGUUCCUUAUGAUGCAAUUAUGGCUACCAGAAGUGGUGCAUUGGAGUUGGCCCGAUACAGUGGUCUUCUUUCCAAAAAAGAUGUUGCAGGGGAUGGCUGGAAUAACAUUGCACCUCUUGUCUCUAGUCUGCAAAGUGAAGCCUAUAGAAGAUUCUCUAGCUUUAAGCAAAACCAUUUCUCCCACAAAGAGUUUGACUUAUUUGACAGGAAGAGCAUGCCGCCAGUCCUUACUAGGUCUAUUUGGGAAAGUUUAGGAAUGUUUGGUAGUCGCUUCUUCCGCCCUCACAAAGGUUUGAAAGAUGAUUGACGCCUUGCAAAGCCCAAGUCGUGUAGCUUAUACAUUGCAAAAAUUGAGAUUCCUUUUCAGUUCUAGUUUUGGAUUCUUCUUUCUAGAAGUAGUAAAGGGGUGAAAAACUAUGAUUUUUUAUCAUCCCUUAGUUAUUAUUCUCAAGCUCUAGAUGUCCCUGUGACAGGUUGACAGCAUAUACUGUUCACCCCCUUUGGUAGUCCCCCCUAAGUUUUAAAGAAUAUAGGAAAGGAGAUAUAAAAAGUAAGAAAAAAUUUCCUCAUGCUUUUCUGCCCCAUGAGUUGCACGAUAUUAUCAGUCGUGGCCUUGAGAAUAAGACUUCUUCCUCAUGCUUUUCUACCCUUGAGUUGCACGAAAAUGAAAAAUGAUGUUUUUGAUCAAUUCUGAAAGAGUCAAUUAGAAAAUAUGAAAAAUGGAUUUGAGGGUGUGGACUUCUUCAUUCGGAAAGAACAAUUGUGGUUGUACCUUGUGAGUAAUUUGGAACUUCAGUGAGUCAUGGACUACUCGUGAUGUAUUAUAAUCUAAAUUUUAUUUGGUUGAGAGAUACAAUCAUAGUUCGACCUUUUUUUUUUUUUUU